UCACGCCUCGAAGCAUGCGCGUUUCUCUACUGGAGCUCUCGGUCGCCCCUGUCUAGGCGUGGUUGUCUAGGCGCCCCAUACGUCUCACAUCCCUCGCUUCCUACAGAGUAUAGGUGAGUACACAGAAGGAAGAUCAACUAAUAAUGGCUGUUCCCAUAGCAAUUCUUGACUGUGACCUCUUGCUCUAUGGUCCUGGCCAUAGGACACUUGAUCGCUUCAAGCUGGAGGAUGUCACUGAUGAAUAUCUGGUAUCCAUGUAUGGCUUUCCACGACAAUUCAUUUACUAUCUGGUGGAUCUCCUGGGUGCGAACCUUUCUCGUCCCACCCAGCGAUCAAGGGCCAUCAGCCCCGAGACACAAAUCCUGGCUGCAUUGGGUUUUUACACUUCUGGUUCUUUCCAGACACGCAUGGGAGAUGCCAUUGGAAUCAGUCAGGCCUCUAUGAGCCGUUGCGUUGCAAAUGUUACUGAAGCCCUGGUGGAGAGGGCCUCUCAAUUUAUUCGUUUUCCAGAGGAUGAUGCAUCACUGCAACACCUGAAAGAUGACUUCUAUGCAUUGGCAGGCAUGCCAGGAGUGUUAGGACUGGUUGAUUGUAACCACGUAGCUAUAAAGGCACCAAAUGCUGAGGACUUGUCAUAUGUGAAUCGAAAAGGCCUUCAUUCCUUAAACUGCCUAAUGGUGUGUGAUGCUAGAGGAUUCCUACUAAGUGCAGAAACACACUGGCCAGGCAGCCUGCAGGACUGCACUGUAUUGCAGCAGUCAGCCCUAAGGAACCAGUUUGAAGCUGGUAUGCAUAAGGAUGGCUGGCUACUUGGUGAUAAUUCUUUCUUUCUUUGCACUUGGCUAAUGACUCCUUUGCAUAUUCCUGAGACACCUGCAGAGUGCAGAUAUAACAUGGCUCAUUCAGCCACUCACAAUGUCAUUGAGCGGACAUUCAGGACAAUCCGGUCUCAAUUCCGUUGUCUUGAUGGGUCAAAGGGCACAUUGCAGUAUUCUCCGGAGAAAGCCAGCCACAUUAUCCUAGCUUGCUGUGUACUUCAUAACAUCUCUCUGGAACUUGGGCUCGAUGUAUGGUCUUCCCCAACAGUGGGACAGAUGGAACAGCCAGAGGAAGAAUAUGAGCAUAUGGAAUCACUUGACUCUGAAGCCUAUCAAGUUCGACAGGAAUUAUUGCUCACUCAUUUUAGCUAAUAUUUUGAAGCAUACCAUAACUAGAUUUAAGGAAGAAGCCAAAGCAAGCAUACAUUAUCUUGAUUUUUCUGAACAUUAAGCCAGAAGUGGAUAUGAGAAUAUUUAUUUGUACUAUAUGGAAAAAACAGCAUUAAACUAUCAUUUUGUAUUUGGAAUUAUUAUUUAUUUACUUAUUUAUUUAGAUUUAUACCCCACCCAUUUAGUGAAUAUACCACUACU